GUCUUGCAAGAUGGCUUUUUCUGGGGCCUUGAAUGCGGGCACUACACCCUGCCUGUGCAAUCAUCGGACACCCUCGGUACGGUCCCCAGCGACAGGAAGAUCUGGCUUGGCAGGCUUGGACAGACGGCGAGUAAGCCCCACAUUUGUGAGGCGCCCAUCAAUAUGUACAUACGUUGCUGCAAUUGAGGAAAGCCCUGCGGCGGAGGCAGCGCCCUCGAGCAGCGGGGAGGACAAGGAGUUCGAGAAUGGAAUCGACUUCACAAGCACAGAGGACUUGUACAAGCGCUUCAAUGAGCUGCUGGAGCGCUCAAAUAUGGAGAUCAAGCUCGGUGACAAGGUCACGGGCACAGUCGCCAGUGUGGACCAACGGGGAGCGUAUGUAGAUUUCGGGGGCAAGCAGCCGCUGUACUGCCCUGUUGCAGAGAUCAGCCUCUGUAAGCUGUCAAAGGCAACACAGGCUCUGCAGGUCGACCAGGUUCGUGACUUCCAGGUCAACUACCAGGACAGGCGGACAGGGGAGCUGCGCCUCUCCAUCAAGACGCUGGAGAAGGCGCUGCUGUGGCAGAGGCUGCGGCAGAUGAGCGAGGAGGGCGCCACGGUGGAGGCUGUGGUGGACUCUGUGCGCCCGGCCGGCCUCAUCGUGCGCAUCAACGCCUCCGACGUCACCGGCUUCGUCCCCGGCUCCCACAUCUCCCCGGGCCCUGGUCCGGCCGUGGACUGGCAGACGCUGUUGGGUGAGACGCUGAACCUGAAGAUCCUGGAGCUGGACGAGGAGAAGGACCGCCUCGUGCUCAGCAACCGGAAGAACGCCUUCAACACCAGGCGACAGAUCAACCUGCAGGUGGGUGAGGUUGUGGAUGGAACGGUGGCGACGCUGCAGCCGUACGGCGCGUUUGUCAACCUGGGCGACAACAUGAACGGGCUGCUGCACAUCUCCCAAAUCUCCCAUGACCGUAUUUCCUCCGUUGAGAAUGUCCUGCAAGUCGGCCAGAAGGUCAAGGUGAUGAUUCUGACGCUGGACAAGGAGAAGGGCCGCGUGAGCCUGUCUACCAAGAAGCUGGAGCCCACCCCGGGUGACAUGGUGCGCGACCCGGCCCUCGUCUACGCGCGCGCCGAUGAGAUGGCCGCCGCCUUCAGGGAGAGGUAUCUGCAGGCAGAGGCUGAGGCCAGGGGCGAUGGCGGCUCUGCCAAGCAAGCCGCACCCAGGGAGUGAGGCAUCCUCGAGUGUUCUUCUGGGCUAAGCAUUGGCUCUUAAGCUGCAUGCCGUGUGGGGAUUCCCGUUGUUGUGCACCAAGCGAACGCAUGGCACUUGAUUGUAGAGGAUCAUGACAUCACAUGACAUUUAGUGGGCGAGUAACUUUUUUUACGAUUGCGCUUUCCCGGAGUUUCGUGUCUUAUCAGUGGACCCUUGGACCCAUAAGACUUGAGGGCAUUUACAGAGCAAUGUCAUACCUGUCUAUUGGACAUUACUGUGCCUGGCAGCCUGCCAGUGGCAGGGGUUGACAAGAUCUCGAGCAGAGAACUUAGACAGCAUUGCAAACCAUGUGAGGAAAGCCGGCAGGUGUAAAAUAUCACCUUUGC